AUGAAGUUCAAUGAAGGCUUCCACGAUGUAAACCAUUGCCUUAACCAUCAUUUAAUCUUGUCUUCAUCUUCAAUUACACGCUUGAUGAUGGAGCGUAAAGCUUGGCGCUCUAACCCACAAUUUGGAUUCAUAGCCAAGCCGGUAAAAAAUAGUGAUGGAAGUUUAAACCUUCUGCAAUGGGAAUGUGCUAUCCCAGGGAAAAAGAACACACCAUGGGAAGGAGGCGUGUAUAAACUAAUUAUGUUUUUUAGUGCCGAUUAUCCGACAGUCCCCCCUUUGUGCAGAUUUCAGCCGGCUUUGUUUCACCCAAAUGUGUUCCCAUCCGGUACGAUUUGCCUCUCACUUCUGGACAAUAAAAAGGAUUACACUCCAUCCAUAACUAUAAAACAAAUUUUGGUCGCCAUACAGCAUUUGCUGAACAACCCUAAUAUAAAUGACCCUGCUCAAGCUGAAGCAUAUAACGUUUAUUGCUCAAAUAUUCAGGAAUAUGAAAGGCGAGUGCGGGCACUGGCCCUUGCCAGAACACCACAAUAAUACAAAGGCAUUAACAUAAAUAUUCUAC